CGCCCCCGCCAUUUCCGCUCCGAGCCCAGAAGUCCCUCCUCGGCGCCGGAAGUUCCGGGGCCCCGCUUCCUCAGAGUCGCCCACCUUCCGGACGCGGAGAUCAGGACUUGCUUCCGGCCGCGGGUGGGUUCCGGCUCGGAUCCCCGCGCGACCCGGAACGCUGUCCCGGGAGCGCGGCUCCCCCGGACGCCGGUACCGGCAGCUCGGGCCGCGGGCGCGCCAGGAGGGCACCGGUGUGGGCGCGAGGCCCGGGGGGGCCAUGAACGGGACGGCCAACCCGCUGCUGGACCGCGAGGAGCACUGCCUGCGCCUCGGGGAGAGCUUCGAGAAGCGGCCGCGGACCUCCUUCCACACCAUCCGCUAUGACUUUAAGCCGGCAUCUAUAGACACUUCCUGUGAAGGAGAGCUUCAGGUCGGCAAAGGAGAUGAAGUCACAAUUACGCUGCCACAUAUCCCUGGAUCCACACCACCGAUGACUGUGUUCAAGGGGAACAAGCGGCCUUACCAGAAGGACUGUGUGCUUAUUAUCAAUCACGACACUGGAGAAUAUGUGCUGGAAAAGCUCAGCAGCAGCAUCCAGGUCAAGAAAACAAGAGCUGAGGGGAGCAGUAGAAUCCAAGCCCGAAUGGAACAGCAGCCUGCUCGUCCCCCACAGCCAUCACAGCCACCACCGCCUCCACCACCUGUGCCAUUCAGAGCUCCAACAAAGCCUCCGGUUGGACCCAAAACCUCUCCCUUGAAGGAUAACCCCUCACCUGAACCUCAGCUGGAUGAUAUCAAAAGAGAGCUGAGGGCCGAGGUGGACAUCAUCGAACAGAUGAGCAGCAGCAGUGCAAGCAGCUCCUCAGACUCCGAGAGCUCGUCAGGAAGCGAUGACGACAGCUCCAGCAGUGGAGGCGAGGACAGCGGCCCUGUGUCCCCUCCGCAGCCAUCACACCAGCAACCCUACAACAGCAGGCCGGCCGUCGCCAACGGAACUGGCCGGCCGCAAGGAAGCAACCAGCUCAUGUGCACCCUCAGAAAUGACUUGCAGUUGAGUGAGUCUGGCAGUGACAGUGAUGACUAGAGCCGGAUCUUUCGAAAUCAACUUUUUGUGCACAGAUCUGCUGCGAGACUGGGCUGCUUUAGUGUGGAGUCCACGCCGAGAGGAAAACGUGGGGAUCAGUGACUGUAGGAGGAGUUGGAGGCUCUGGAGCGCUCAGAUGUGCAUGUCUUUAACAUAGCGGUGAUGGGUGAUUUUCUCGUGUAAUUUUUGAACAAUGUCACGUUUCAAAGUUUUAAGUAGAUUUAUAGCAGAACUAACAGAAUUAUAUCUCUUAUUUGGUUAACACUGUUAACGAAAAACAGACAAACGUUCCCUGGUUUAGGUUACUCAAAGGCCAUUUCUUCACCUAGCCAGUGAUCCAGUUGUAAACCUCAGCAGCCACCAGCUUGGCCAAAUGGUUUGCACCAGUGAAAUGAAACACAGUCUUUGAGGGGUGGGCAGGGAGGGAAACCUCAAACUGCAGCAUAGAUGCAUGUUUAAAGCACUUUCAGUUAUUGACACAGAGUGGUGAGGAAGUUCUCUCUGACCCAGCCUGAGAAGCCUGUGUAGAAACGGACUUC